AGCUCAAUAAAUUACAGCAGGAUAUAUCUUACUCUGGGUAACAUUCCACAUUAAAUGCCACCUGCCUUACAGAAGGACGUUUCUGUCACGAUCUUCCAAAAAGUGCCACCCAAGCCCAGAAUUCCUUCGCACGUGUAUAAUAAUAAUACCCACUUUCUAUUCCUCCUCGCCCACAAAAGUUUUCCUUCGGAUUUUCUUCAUCAUAUGUUUCCCACUUCAAUUCUGUAUAGAAAUCAUUCUCCUUGUUCAAAUUUGCAGUACUUUCUUCAUCAUAUAGUACCCACUUCAAUUGGUUUUUCAUAUAGUACCCACUUCAAUUGUGUAUAAAAACCAUUCUCCUUGUUUGAAUUUGCAGGACUUAUGGUACCCACUUCAAUUCUGUAUUAAAACCAUUCUCCGUGCUCUGAUUUUUGCAGCAAACAUGAAAGUUUUCAGCAGGCAAAAGCACAAGAGUUUUCUGAAUCUCUUCUUAGUUUUUCUGCUGCUUUUGCUGCCUUCAGCCCGCAGCAUAGAUGGACCCAUAAAGACCAUUGUAGUCCUGGUAAUGGAAAAUCGGUCCUUCGACCACAUGGUGGGCUGGAUGAAAAGGUUAAACUCAGAAAUCAAUGGAGUAACGGGGCAGGAAUCGAACCCGGUAUCUACCACAGAGGAAAACUCUCUCAGAGUCUACUUCAAGGACGAUGCACGGUUCGUGGAUCCAGAUCCAGGCCACAUGUUCGAGUCGGUGCGUGAGCAGGUCUUCGGUUCGAAUCUCACCACCGCCAAUCCUCCCCCCAUGAAUGGCUUCGUACAGAACGCUCUCAGCAUUUCCAAAAACCUCUCAGAAACCGUCAUGAAGGGCCUCAAGCCCGAAUUGAUUCCCAUCUACACUGAGCUUGUGAAAGAAUUUGCGAUAUUUGACCGAUGGUUUUCUUCUUUGCCUGGCCCGACGCACCCCAAUAGGCUUUUCGUCUACUCUGGCACUUCACAUGGCGCUACCAGUCACAUUGCCAAGCAAUUGGCUGUUGGGUACCCACAGAAAACCAUAUUUGAAUCUCUUCAUGAGUCUGGCCUUUCAUUCGGCAUCUAUUACCAGAACAUUCCCGCCACUCUGUUUUACAGAAAUCUCAGGAAGCUCAAGUAUAUUCCGAAGUUUCAUCAUUAUGGCCUGAAAUUCAAGCGCCAUGCCAGAAAGGGGAAAUUGCCUAACCUGACUGUUAUUGAGCCUCGGUACUUUGAUCUCAAGCUUUUCCCGGCUAAUGAUGAUCAUCCUGCUCAUGAUCUUGCCAAUGGGCAGAAAUUGGUGAAGGAGGUGUAUGAGACUCUGAGGCAGAGCCCUCAGUGGAACGAGACCCUGUUUGUGCUUACCUAUGAUGAACAUGGAGGAUUCUAUGACCAUGUGCCCACCCCUGUUAGGAACGUUCCUAGCCCUGAUGGCAUUGUUGGCCCUCAUCCCCAUUUCUUCAAAUUUGAUAGAUUGGGGGUCAGAGUGCCCACUAUUAUGAUCUCCCCCUGGAUCACAAAAGGAACAGUGGUCCAUCGUCCCAGUGGGCCUUUUCCCAGUUCAGAGUAUGAGCAUUCUUCUAUACCUGCAACUGUGAGGAAAAUGUUCAAUCUGAGCUCUAAUUUCCUUACAUACAGAGAUGCCUGGGCUGGGACUUUUGAAAGUGUGAUCAAUGUCAAGGGGACACCUCGGACUGAUUGCCCAGUGGUGCUGCCAGAGGUGAAGGCUCUGAGAGAGAGCCCUGCUAAUGAAACAGGGAAGCUGAGUGAAUUCCAGAAGGAAAUGGUACAGCUUGCUGCAGUCAUCAAUGGAGACCACAUUCUCAAGAGUUAUCCUGAUGAAAUUGGAAAACGAAUGAAUGUGAGAGAGGCCAAUGCUUACGUGGAAGAUGCCAUGUCACGCUUUGUGGAAGCCAGCAUGGAGGCCAUCAAAAUGGGUGCACCUGAUUCCACCAUUGUAGAAAUGAGACCUUCUCUAACUACCAGGAAUCCCUGAUCAUGUAAAGUUGUGAGAUUUUGAGUGUGCAGAGAAUAUAGUGGGGCACAAGUGAUCCUUCAAAUCAUUCAAGUGGGACACGAUAAAGUGUGUAGAGAAUAUAGUUUCCUUUGAAUCCUCUCUGCAAAAGGCAAAGUGGGAUUCUCUACUUCCAAAUUUACUUUUAUUGAUGUUAAUGGGUUUUAAUUUUGUAUAUUUUUGUGUUGGGAAUAUAUUAAAAUAAUAAAUAUUUAUUUGUGAAGGGUUAAAGCAUUGGAUUCUUAUUGUGAAGGACAUUUUAAGUUGCAACUAUUGGUUUUAUUUUGUGUUGGGAAUAUAUUAAAAUAAUAAAUAUUUGUUUGUGAA